UACUUCAGGCCUACAUGCUUGUCAACCGAGGCAAUACUGAGACAUAUGCGCUGGUGGAGCGACCAGCUACAUCUACUCUACCAGGUGGUGUGUUUGUGGACAGCAGUCUCAUUUCAUUGCCAAACCAGGGUUCCCAGAAGCUGGCUGUGUUCCUCAGGAAUGAAGCCGAUCACGACAUAGUCCUGCCUACUAACUGUGUCAUUGCUGACUUCAAUGUGGCAAAUGCAAUCAUUGAAAAUUACCAAGCCGCUGAUGUGAAUGGACAAAAUGUUGUUGAACGUUUCACUCAACAAAAUAGUAAGGCAUCUUCAGUUGACAAGGAAUCCUUAUCGGAAACCUUUGAUUUCGGCCCCACCCUUCCAGAUGAAUGGAAGGGAAGAGUCACACACAAGCUGAAUGGCUUUUCUGAUGUCUUCGCUCAGCACGACCUUGACUUUGGUCAUGGAUCAAAAAUUCAGCAUCACAUUAGAUUGAAGGACGAGACGCCAUUCAAACAGAGAAGCCGUCCAAUUCAUCCUCGUGACUAUGAAGCAGUUAAAAAGCAUCUCCAAACCCUUCUCAGUGCAGGCAUAAUUGGAGAAUCAGAGUCCCCAUUCUCAUCACCGAUAGUGGUGGUGAGGAAGAAAGACGGCGAUGUUCGACUCUGUGUGGAUUACAGGAAACUCAAUCUUCAAACAAUUAAGGAUGCCUAUGCAUUACCACUUCUGGAGGAAUCUUUCUCAGUUCUUGCUGGAUCCAAAUGGUUCUCUGUGAUGGAUUUGAAGGCUGGAUAUUAUCAAAUUGAAAUGAACAACGAAGACAAGCCCAAAACUGCAUUUUGCUGCCCUUUUGGGUUUUAUGAGUUCAAUAGAAUGCCUCAGGGGAUCACCAAUGCCCCGAGCACCUUUCAACGGCUCAUGGAGAAAUGCAUGAAUGAUAUCAACCUAAAAGAAGUUCUUGUUUUUCUGGAUGACAUCAUAGUGUUCUCCGAGACUUUAGAGGAGCAUGAGAUAAGGCUUGUUCAUGUACUUGACCGUCUCAGAGAGUAUGGGUUAAAGCUUUCCCCAAAGAAAUGCAAGUUUUUCCAAAGCUCAGUCCAUUACUUGGGACAUGUUGUAUCCAGCAAUGGUGUAAAGACAGACCCUAAAAAGACGGAAGCCUUAAAGACAUGGCCCAGACCACAGAAUCUGAAGGAGCUUGAAUCAUUCUUGGGCUUCACUGGUUAUUACCGGAGAUUUGUGAAGGAUUAUUCACAAGUGGUCAAGCCUCUCACCAAUCUCACUGCUGGUUAUCCACCCCGCCGGAAGGGAACCGAAAUCAAUCAUCGAAAUGACAAAUACCUCAAUCCAAGAGAAGCAUUUGGUGAUCGCUGGAGUAUGGCCUGUCAGGAAGCUUUUGAGGAGAUAAAAGACAGACUGACAUCAACUCCUGUUCUUGGAUAUGCAGACUCCAGGCUCCCUUAUGUGCUACAUACUGAUGCCAGCACAACUGGAUUAGGGGCCGCCUUAUAUCAAGAGCAGGAAGGUGAGACAAGAGUAAUUGCUUAUGCAAGUAGAGGGUUGUCCCGCAGUGAAGCACGAUACCCAGCACAUAAGCUUGAAUUCUUGGCCCUUAAAUGGGCAGUCACCGAGAAGUUUCAUGACUAUUUGUAUGGGAACGAUUUCACAGUGAUUACUGACAACAAUCCUUUGACAUAUCUGCUCACCACUGCCAAGCUCGAUGCUGUGAGCUACCGCUGGUUGGCAGCACUAUCCACCUUCACAUUCAACAUCAAAUAUCGAGCCGGUAAACAAAAUGUGGAUGCAGAUGGGUUGUCGAGGAGACCUCAUGGUCCAUUGGAAAAUGAUGCCAUAUCACAAGAGGAGGGUCAAAGGAUCGACCAAUUCACUUCUCAAUUAUUGGCAUCCACAAAUGAGGUUGAACAGGUAACUCCGGGCACUGUCAAAGCUGUCUGUCAAAGACACACUGUAGAACAUGGUCCAGAGCCUGUGCCCUUCUUUGGCUAUGUUGAGUCACUUGCCAUACACACAGAGGCAAUCCCUGAUGUUUUUGCGGAGGAGGAGUCACAGGAUGGGUCCAUCACUGUGCCAAAAUAUAAUGAAUCUGCUCUUGUUCAACUGCAAAAAGAAGAUCCAGUUAUCAGCAAAAUUAGUGGGUUGAUGGAAAAUGGUACAGAAUUACCGGCAGAUUGCAUCACAGACUCUCCUGAAGUACGGUUGAUCCUAAGAGAGUGGAAAAGACUUCAGAUGAAAUCAGGCCUACUAUAUCGGACACGGAAAAGCGAGGGGGAAACCUCAUUCCAGUUGGUUCUUCCAGCUGUCUUGAGACCUAUAGUGCUCAAGAAUCUCCAUGACGAAAUGGGUCAUUUAGGCAUUGAACGCACCCUGGAGCUCACUCGAUCACGGUUCUACUGGCCAAAGAUGGCCGCAGAUAUCGAGAGAAAAGUUAAAACAUGUGAACGAUGUGUUCGGAGGAAGGUGUACCCAGACAACGCAGCCCCACUGGUGAACAUUCAGACAUCUCGACCUAUGGAGUUGGUCUGUAUGGAUUUCCUUUCACUGGAGCCUGACAACCGAAACACAAGGGACAUUCUUGUUGUGACGGAUCAUUUCACAAAAUAUGCCAUAGCUAUUCCUACCAGAGACCAGAAGGCCACCACUGUUGCUAAAGCCCUAUGGGAAAAUGUUUUGGUUCAUUAUGGAUUCCCAGAACGCCUCCAUAGUGACCAAGGCAGAGACUUUGAGUCUCAUACCAUCAAGGAAUUAUGUGCAUUAACAGGCACCCACAAAGUCAGAACAAGCCCUUACCAUCCAAGGGGAAAUCCAGUUGAAAGAUACAACCGCACACUCCUCAGUAUGUUAGGCACUCUGGAGGACAAAAACAAGACAAAAUGGCGAGAGUAUGUUAAGCCCCUCACCCAUGCCUACAAUUGUACACGAAAUGAUGUAACCGGAUUCUCUCCAUAUGAGUUGAUGUUUGGGAGACAGCCAAGGCUACCAAUUGACAUCGCCUUCGGAUUGCCAGUCAAAGCAAAAGAAUCAAGUUCACAUUCUCAGUAUGUGAGGAACUUAAAAUUCCAUUUGGAAGAGAGUUAUCAAACUGCCAUAAAAAAACUCUUGCAAGAUAGCAGAGAAAAACAAGAAGCGAUUUGACAAAGUGGUCAGAGAGUCUAUCCUUGAUGUGGGGGAUCGUGUUUUGGUAAGGAAUCUUCGCCUUCGUAACAAACACAAGUUGGCAGAUUGUUGGGAAUCCAUGAUCUAUGUAGUUGCCAAGCGGAUGGGAGAUUUACCAGUCUAUUCUGUAAAACCUGAAAGAGGAGAAGGCCCGUCUAGAACCUUGCACAGAGACCACCUAUUUCCUUGUGGAUUUCUAUCUAGAGAUAAGGAUGAGACACAAAAGACCAAAGGUGAUCUGACAAACCCUAAAACAAGAAAGCAAAGUGCUAUUCAACAAGAAGGAGAGGCUGUCGCUUCAGAUGAUGACAAUGACGAGAGCUGGUAUGGGGUUGCUCCAUUACCAAAUGUCACAGAAACAAGGGUUGUCAGAGAGUACAAGGUUCCAAAGACCAACCCAACACCUGGUUGGGGUAACCAAAGUAAACAAUCUUUCCACCCUCAUCCAUGUCACACCAAUGUGGACGAAGAUGGAACUUUACAACGAAAUGAUGCCCAGCCUCAAGGGAGUAGGUGUUCAGAUAACUAUGACACAACCAAGACAUUAUCCUUGACACCUGACAUAAACAACCUACCAAAUGUGGAACACUUACCUGACGUGGGAUCGCAAGCUGUACCUGAAAUAGAAACAAGACAACCACCUGAAAUGGAACUUCAACCCCUACCUGAGAACUUACCUGAUGUCCUUCCAGUCUGCGCCGAACCAGAACUCAUGGAAAGCUCUGUGGGGAUUGAGGCUGAAGGAUCGAUUCUUAAAGAAUCGGGAAAGCCACAAACUAACAAUACUGAACUAGAGCAAACCCAAGAGACAACUGAGAUGAGAGAAAAAGAGGGUAUUCCUAUCAGACAAUCUUCCAGACAUCGUGAACCACCACGGAGGUUCCAUUACCCUAGGUUAGGGAAUCCCCUAGUUUCUGUUGUCACUUCCUUGUUUCAGGGGUUGAAUAAUGCCCUGAUAGGCUCUCUCAUCGAUGACAGUACGACAGGUUGGCUAUCAGAUAUCCCUUUUGAGUUCAAUGAGCCGAUUACACAACAGCCUUAAAGCACAGAGACGCGCAUUCACUUGAGGGGGGAGUGUGUAACCCAUGGAUAAAACCAUGAAUUACUAAUAACAAUAUUAAUAGUAAUUGGCCUGUCAUCUUCUGUCGGGUAUUUUAUUUUGAAAUCUUUUAUUUUGGAAGCGGAACUCAACCUCCGUAUGUGGAGCAGUUCCCUUCUUCGCUGAUUUCAUUGAACGGAGAUUAGCGAGACGGAGCAGGUGAAUAGUGUUAAAAAACACGGAAUAUUAGUGAAAAGCAGCAGACGGACUGGACAAGUCAGCUGUAAGCGGGCUGAGACUGUGUGUUUCAAUGUUGUAACAUUUCUCGGUGAGUAAUAUGAUUUGUGUAUGUGUAACUUGUGAGCUAGCUUAGUGUGGUUAGCCACACGAGGCGGUGUGAAAGGCUGCACAGUUCAAUUCACAUUGUGUUGUAAUUAAGUUAAUCCAAGUUAUGGGUAACGGAGAAAAUUGAUACAUUGAAUUAAGAGUGAAACAUGUACAGUAAAGUAUAUGUAAGAUGGUUAAAGCAUUUAACCGUUAAAAUAACUUUUUAUAUUUAAUUUCAAACUGCCUGAUGUUUUAUACAGGCUGGGUUUUUUACUAUCUUGGAUGCCUUUAAUCACACCAUUGGACUACUGGUUGUGAACUGGACGACCUGUGAACUGGAAUCUCUCCUUGGUGGAGAGUGGCGAGCCACCCAUUGGACGUCUGGAUCGGUGAUUUUCCUGCCUCACUGUACGUGCGGUUGGACUGGAGGGACGUGGCUGAGUAUUUUUUCUUUUGUUAUUUUGGUUAUUGGGUGCACCCAUAACAAGGACUGUAUAGAGAAUUUUAUGCCGGCUUUAGCAUUCUUCCUGUUGUUACCCGUUGUUAAUGUACUGUAAUACAGUUGUGUAUUCAUAUA